UUUUCUCGAUAUAAAAAGCUGGUGGUGGUACCUUUACACAAGCAACAAUAUCCAUUUUUAUUUUACUACAAAAAAUGAAGAGUACUCUUGUAAUAUUUUUAGUGUUCAUCAUCUACUUCAUCUUUCCUGUUAAUGCCUCCCUUCCAAGCAUUCUUGGCAACAAUUUGAUCGAGAAAACCUGCAAACAGACACCCUAUUACGAUCUUUGUGUAAGAUCUUUAAUAUCAAGUCCUCGCAGCUUCAAUACAGAUGUUGAAGGCCUCGCCAAGAUAAUGGUUCACACCAUUAACGCUAGGGCAACCCACACACUACAUCGUAUUAACAAGCUGCUUCAACAUAGACAGGACACAAAUAUGAAACGAGCCUUGCAAUCUUGUGCCAGUCGCUACGAUGCCAUAAUAAAGGAGGAUAUUCCAGAAUCUCUACAAGCCUUGCGUUUGGGUAACUACAAAUUUGCAGAAGCAGGCACAGUGGAUGCUGCUUUUGAGGCCAGGUUAUGUGAAAAAGAAUUCAGGAGAUGCAAAUCGCCCCUGGCUGACAUGAAUAGGGUUGUACAUGACGUCUCCAUCGUGGCUGCAUCCAUUGUUCAGACAAUCGUAUAAGCGAUUGAUAUCAUUUUAAUUUUUGUUUAGCCAACUAGGGGAUUCGAAAUAAAUUUUGAGACUUGCAACUGAUCAUUAAUAAGGACAUAACUAAUUUUGGGUGUUGCUUAAUUAAUUUCUAUUAGGUUUGGUUUAGUUCUUUCCUUGAUAUCUUGGUCUUUUAUGCACCUGAUAAAUUCUUAUUUUGGAAGUAAUGGAAGAAGAGUUUUCGUUUUCUUGUU